GACUCAUAGCAUACAAACGAGGCGCGGAAAAUUUCAAGCGAUUUCUGCCACCUCGAUCUUCAUCCAUGGAUACGUGGAGACUACACAAGAAUCCACCACCGCUGAAAGCGUGAGUAUAUGUAUCUCAUCUACUCGAUCGGAAACUUCGAAGAAAUUCACUCAAAUUUAGCUCUAAUUAAAUGGCUUCAACCGACCAAACGCCGGGGGCGAUGCCGCCGGGAGACGGCGCAGUGCCGCCGGGAAAGGCGAUGACGGUGGGGCAGCAGAUGCUGGACAAGGGAGCGGAGAUGAUGCAGUCAUUUCAACCGAUUAAAAAAAUGAGCCAGCACGCCUGUUCCUUCGCCAUCUACAGCCACGAUCUCACCCGCCAGAUCCAGACGCAUCACUACAUAAGCCGCCUCAAUCAGGACUUCCUCCAGUGCGCCGUCUACGACUCCGACGACACCGCCGCCCGCCUCAUCGGUGUGGAGUAUAUAGUAUCGAAGCGAGUUUUCGACACACUUCAGCUGGAGGAACAGAAGCUUUGGCAUUCUCACUUCUACGAGAUCACGUCGGGCGCGUGGGUGAAUCCGAGAGUUCCUGAGCUAGUCCAGAAAUCGGAGCUCGAAGAAUUGGCGCAGAGCUACGGCAAAUUUUGGUGUACUUGGCAAGUUGACAGAGGCGAUAGGCUUCCGUUGGGAGCGCCGGCGCUGAUGGUGUCGCCGCAAGGAGUGAACAUGGCGAUGGUGAAAGAAGAGCUGAUAAAGAAGAGGGAUGAGAAAUACAAAGUGUCGUCGAGUGAGCUUGGGAGGAAGAGGGCGAAUUUCGCGAUACCGGAGGCGGAGGCUGUGAAUCCUUAUGCUGAUUACUGGAUGCAGACGGGGAAAGGUUUCGCCAUUGAUGCGCAGGAAACAGAGAUCAAAUCUAGGGCUCCUUUCCCCUGAUGAUUCACCUGUAAUAACUACGGAAGGAUCCAUUUGGUCUUGUCAAAUGUCAAUAUUCAUCCUUUCGACCAAUACAUAUUUUAAAGUUGUCCA